AUGAGACCGCUUACAGAAGAAGAAACAAAAGUAGUAUUUGAAAAACUAGCCAACUAUAUAGGACGAAAUAUCUCGUUCCUCAUAGAUAACGCCGAGAACCCCCAUGUAUUUCGAUUACAAAAAGAUCGAGUUUAUUACGUUUCUGAGACGGUCGCUAAAUACGCUACAAGUAUAGCGCGCCAACAAUUAAUGUCCUUGGGUGUGUGUUUUGGGAAGUUUACAAAGACUGGAAAAUUCAAGUUGCACAUCACUUCCUUGGGGUACUUAUCGCAGUUUGCCAAAUACAAAAUAUGGAUUAAGCAGAAUGGAGAAAUGCCGUUUCUUUAUGGUAACCAUGUAUUGAAAGCUCAUGUGGGUAGGAUGAGUGACGAUAUACCGGAACAUGCCGGUGUGAUUAUAUAUAGUAUGAACGAUGUGCCCUUGGGAUUUGGCGCUAGUGCCAAGUCUACUAAUGAAGCAAGGAAUUUGGCACCUACAGGGAUAGUUGCUUUCAGACAAGCAGAUAUUGGUGAGUAUUUGAGAGAGGAGGAUACUUUGUUCACAUAA